CAGCGGCCUGGUUCCGGUUCGGUUUGGAGACACCUGUGGAGAAUUCAGCGCGGCAGUUCCCCUGAGCUGCUGAGGAGGAACUAGAUGAAGGUUCUGACCAGCAGCCCUGAAAAAAAGAAAGAAAAAAAAACGAGUUCAGUCAGGUUAAAACAAAUGUUCUGAAACUACUUUAAAAUAUGUUCUGGUCGAAGGAGGCGGGGUUACGGGCCGGCGGGGGCGGGCGGUGCUUCUGGUCGCCCAUGCCCCCUGCCCUGCUGCGCGCGCGGGGGGUGAAGAGAAGCGUGAACUUGAACGCUGCCUCCUCCUCCUCUGCUGCUCAGUGCGAGUCCAGGCAGUCUUAUCAGUCCGUCCCCGCCGCCCGAGUGUCCGUCAACUUAUCGGAGAAGGAAGGAGCAGCUGGGCUGGGUUCGGUUCGGUUUCAGGACCUGCGAACGAAGGGGGUCCAAAGUCCGCUCGACGCGAUGUCCAGGCGCAAACUUGGAAGCCGACCGCAGCACCUGAGCGCAAUUCAAGAUGCUGACAUGCAGGGCGACACAGGCUCAUCAGGCGACCUCCCGCCUCCUCCUCCUCCUCCUCCUCAGGUCCACGCUCCAGAUGAGGGUCGGGACCUGCUGACCUGUGGCCAGUGCAGCCAGGCCUUCCCGCUCGCCCACAUCCUGGCCUUCAUCCAGCACAAGCAGGGCGGCUGCGGCUCGCGGAGCGGAGCCGCCGACUCCUCCAGCGCCGCUCCCCCGUCACCUGCCAACCGGGCCAGGCGCCGGCAGGUCCCCGGCGCCAGACCGGGAUUCAUCGAGCUGCGRAGAGGCGGGGCCAGGGACCGGGUCUGGGGGGAGGAGCCCGGCUUGAGUGUGAAGGCGGAGCCUGGCAAAUCAGCACCAGAGGAGCCCCCGUUUUUCACCUGCCUGCAGUGCGAAGGUGUGUUUUCAUCAGCGUGGACACUCUUACAACACGCCCAGCACGCGCACGCCUUCAGCAUCUACCAGGAGGAAGAGGAGGACGCAGACAUGCUGGGAARAGGAGAUGAUGAUAAACCUGCAGCAGCCGUUCUGGACCCUCGCCACCUGAGCCGCGCUCUGGCCUCGGCCUUUCAGCGGCGCUCCCGUCAGACGCACCUCCCCUCCACCGCAAACCCGCAGGGGAUUAACUUUUCGGUGCGGCUCAGAGAGCUCGCUGAGGGGAGCGGCGGCGGCGCCCUCAUGGGCCUCGUGUUGUCGCCGUCCUCCUCGCCGCCCGCUGCGUCUCCCUUUCCUCAGACAGGCUCCCACCAAGCGGACUUCCACUGCGACACCUGUGGCCAGAACUUCCCCUCCCUGCGCGCCCUGUCCGCCCACCGCCGGACUCACUCGUGCGACAGGCCCUACCACUGCGGCGUGUGCGGGCAGGCUUUCGCUCAGAGCGGUCAGCUGGCACGCCACAUACGGAGCCACCACCGGGAGGCCGCCAGUGGAGGAAGCGGGUGCGAGUCAGCGGAGGCGGUCACGGUGGAGGAGGACGCUGGGAGGCAGAGGGGGAGGGGGAGGAUUCAGYCAGCAGGAAUAACAGGAAAGGCAGUUCAGGGUUCCUCUGAGCUGGACCUCAGCCUCCCCAAGCACCCCUCCUUAGCUUCAGGGCUGGUGCUGCUCAGCUCCCAGCUCAGGCCGUCAGACAGGGAGCUGCUCCAGCUCUACCAGAACCAAAGAGCUGGGCCGGAGGCAGGGGAGGAGGAAGCAGAGGGGCAAGGGGAGCCCCAGCCCUCCUCGCCUUGCGCCAGUCCUUCCGAAGGCUCGUUGGAGAGCGGAGAGACGGGGGGCAGUGGCGAAAGUGGCAUCGCGAGCGGCAACUGCACGCCAAAGCGUCCAGAAAUGGGCGACAGGAUGCGGGGCGUCGGCGAGUGGGAGAGCGAACGAGGAGAGCUCAUCGAGCGGGAGAAGGAGUGGACGCCAGCUCAGGUCAGCGAGGCCGUGCAGGAGUGGCAGAGGGACUCCGAGCGCCGGAGCACAGCAGGCGGGGCCGCCAACGCUGGCGCCAGCGGCGGYGCGGUGCCUUCGUCCACCGGGAAGAAGAAGAAGGACGAGGCCUGCGAGUUCUGCGGCAAACAGUUCAGGAACAGCAGCAACCUGACGGUGCACCGCCGCAGCCACACGGGCGAGCGGCCGUACCGCUGCGGCCUCUGCAACUACGCCUGCGCCCAGAGCUCCAAGCUCACGCGCCACAUGAAGACCCACGGCGCCCAGGGGGCCAAGGCCUCGUUCCUGUGCCAGCUGUGCGCCGUGCCCUUCACUGUCUACGCCACCCUGGAGAAACACCUGAAGAAGGCUCACGGCCUGAGCCACGCCAGCGUGGGAGCGUACGCGCAGGCCAGCGCCGCCGACACGUUGGCCGCUCUGAGGGCCGAAGAAGAAACGGUGGCGGUGAAAAUGGAGGAAGAUGAAGCCAGUUUGGAUCGGGUGGACGUGGAGAGCAAAGCUAGGAGCGACCCGGGCAGCAUGGAGGUGGAGGAGGGGCAAAGCCACGCAGCGUUUGUGGAGGAUCUCUCACAUGGCAACGACGCAGAGGGGAGCGUGGCUUUGACUUCUGAUCUCUGAGAGAGAAAAUGUAGCACUUAAAUGGAUUUUAACUCCAUGCAAAUAAAGUUGAAACAAAGAAAACAAACUAAAAGAAGCUGCAACAGUUUGACUGCCCUGCCAGCUCRGAGGCACGCAGCAGCCUGCAGGCGUUCACAAUCGUAUGCGAAGCUGCYGGUUGAAGCGAAGUGCCUACAGUUCUUUUCAGACCACAGAGAAAAACAAGGCCGUGACAUUCAGCAGGGAGAUUACCAUAGCUCAUGAACAGGAAGCGCGCCGCCACAGUCCACACCAACACAGGAAACUGAUCACCAUGUUGCAGCGCAGGAUGCAAAAAAGACGUUUGAUUUAUAACUCUGGUGACCCGCUGGACAGAUGGAAACGGAGCGCUGCUGUCAAUAAUUCACUGAAAAAAAAAUGCGAUCAAAUCCUGAAGCAACGUUAAUAUAUUCAGCUCCAACAAACAGAGAGGUCACAUGGCGCUACCUUAGCUGUUUUCUUUUGAGAAUACCUUUUAAAGACUUUUGAACAGACGCAGGGCUGAGCUGAAUCCAAACACUGUCUGCCUGUAGUUUGUCACACUCCUCCUUUUCUUUAAGGCGCUUAGUUGUCACAACACUUGUCACUUAAUGUUUACAAGGCUCACGGGCCGAGCGAGGUUGUGCUCCUGACUUUGUGACUGUAAACAUGAAAAACUUUCUGCUCCUUUUUUUAUUUUAUUUUUAUUCUUAUGUGAAUAUGGAGACUUUAAAGUCUUAUUUACUGAUGUUUUGUAUAAGUUUCUAUGCAUAAAAGCCAGCAAUUUUACCAACACAUAAAACGAGUGUACUUUUUUUUUAUUUUUCCUUUCUCUGCUCCAUUUUCUUCCCUCCUUUUUUGUUUGUUUACAUUUUGUUCAAGCGGACUCAUGCAUGUUUUGUUGUUGCUUGUCUUUGGAUCAUUAAUUCAUAGAUGCUGCACGGCUGAUUGGACAGGGUCGACGGGUCGGGAGGCCCCCGAGCCAGCACUUGGGUGAGCGUGUUGUGUGAAAGUUUAGGUGUGUGUGUUGAUGCAAAUCAGGUAAAAAUCCCCCGACAUGUCUACUUCAACCUCUCAUCUUGUCUUUAUCUUUUCUACCCCCCCACCACACCGGUCUUCAUUUAAACACUCUUUACUCCAAUCUGCUCAUUUUAGAGUCAAACUUUAAGUGGAUUGUCUUUUUUUUUCGUCAUGACUGUGAAAACGUUCUGAUCUUUGUUUAUUCAGGUCWGUCUGAGUUUGGUGGUAAUGAUGAAUGGAUGCAGUAAAACUGUUCAGGGAUGAUAAUSUUGUGUAUAGAUUCUUUAAUGGUGAUAAUAUCUGCCUGCUUCUGUUACAUGUUCAUGUUUCUCUUUGUGCAGAAAACUGUGCUUCGUUGUGUGUAAAAUUAUYGUUUUGUUAUGAAUCUUUUCACAUGAAACCUCAAUAAAGGUUUGAGGGAAA